UGUCGUCUACUUUAUGUUUGAUAUUUUGGGUCUCUCUCUCUCCUCUUCUCUCAUUAUCACUUUAUUUUGGGUGAGAUAUGAAUGUCUGAGAUAAGCAGAUGACUUAUCUUUUUUCCUUCUAAUUUGUAGGUUUUCUUUUUUUUUUUAAAAAAAAAAAAUCAAAUGCUUGCCCCCUUUAAUUUAGUUAGAGAAAAAAUGGGAAUAUUUCAAUAAGAAAAUCAACAAAUUAAAUGCUUAUAUAUUAUUUUUGAAAAAUAUUCUAAAAGAGAGUAGAUUCGCACACUCUACCUUAGCAAAAAAAGAAAAAGAAAAAAAGGAGUUAUUUGAGCAGAAAAUUGAGAGUUGUAUGCUAAAUUGGCUGAAGAAAAUGUCAAAAGGCUUAUCUGAUCUGGGCUUGAGUAAAAUUCUGUGUCCAAAUUGGAACUUAUUCCACUUAUAAUUGGGUAUUGUUUGUUCUGCUCAUUUUGACUAUUCUUACUAAUAUUGCACAAACGGACAAUUCACUGAUCUUGACUACUGACAUACGGGUAAGGAAAUGCUGCUAUUUAUGAGGAGAACAUGACAGAAGGACAGCUAUUCCAAAAUUUCAUGGCUGCUGCUAAGAGAGGGUUGCUGCAUUUUUGCUUUCUAUUCCUCCGACUCACUUUUUCUAAUUCAGCUGAUACUAUUACAACAGACCAAUCUUUCAAAGAAGAUGAUCUGCUAGUCUCUAAAGGUAAUAACUUUGCAUUUGGUUUUUUUAGCCCUGGCAGUUCUAGCAAUAGAUAUCUUGGAAUUUGGUUCCAUGAAAUUCCAGAAAGAUCAAUAGUAUGGGUAGCCAACAGGAAUAGUCCUAUCACUGGCUCCUCUGCGGUUUCAUCAAUCAACCAAUACGGGAAUCUUAUUCUCUAUAACGAUCCUGACCAGCGGGUUCUAGCAUGGUCCACAGAUGUAACAGAGGAUGCGGCACGUACUUGUGUGGCUCAGUUCUUGGAUACAGGAAACUUGGUUUUGCUGGAACCAGCAAGUAGAAGAAUUGUGUGGUAGAGCUUUGAUUAUCCCACUGAUACCAUGAUGCCAGGAAUGAGAUUUGGGCAGAGUCUGAAGGCUGGUCUUGAGUGGUAUUUAACCUCAUGGAGAUCAGCAGAUGACCCAGGAACCGGUGAUUAUUCAUUGAAGCUCAACCUGAUAGGCUCGCCGCAAUCCGUUCUAUACAAGGGCACAAGACCUCACUGGCGAACUCACCUACGGCCGGCAAGGAAAUUCUCCAAUGUAUAUAACUGCACUUAUGUGUUCAAUCAAGAUGAGAUGUCCACGCUCUGGAAUAUUAAUGAUGCUUCACUUAUCAUACGAAUAAUGAUCGAUCAUUUGGGGUCAUUCAAGUGGACAACUUGGCAUCAAAACGAGGGGUAUAAAUGAAGUAAGCUUAUUAGUCAAGAGUCUUUUAUUCGAGCUCAUUUAUUAAGAUUUUUCUAAUAAACGUGUUAAUUUUAAACUUGGUAAAAUUUGACUAAUUAAACUCGUGAGCUAGCUCAUAUAUAAAUGAACUAACUUUUAUAUUAAUGCAGUAAUAAUUUAAUUUUUUUAAA